AUGGCCAAUUCGCACAGCGCAUCCCAAUACCAUGCCUCGUCGUCCAGCGACGCCAUGUCCACCGAAGCGCAGUACGCCGCGCACAACUACCACCCCCUCCCCAUCGUCUUCUCGCGCGCCCAAGGGUGCAGCGUGUGGGAUCCCGAAGGAAAGCACUACCUCGACUUCCUCUCCGCCUACUCCGCCGUCAACCAAGGCCACUGCCACCCCAAGCUCAUUCAAGCCCUCACCGAGCAAGCCAGCAGACUCACGCUGAGCUCUCGCGCCUUCUACAAUGACGUCUUCCCCAAGUUCGCAGAGAAGAUCACAAGGAUGACGGGCUUCGACAUGAUGCUGCCCAUGAACACCGGCGCCGAGGCCGUCGAGACCGCGAUCAAGGUCGCGCGCAAGUGGGGCUACAAAGUCAAGGGCAUUCCCAAGAACAAAGCAUACGUCUUCGGCGUGGCGGACAACUUCCACGGCCGCACCUUUGCCGCCAUCACAUUGUCCAGCGAUCCCGAGAGCAGAGAUAACUACGGCCCGUACUUGGACCGAGUGGGUUCUGUCAACCCUUCAACCGGCAAGCCGAUCCCCUACAACGACAUCCCCGCCGUGGAGCAGCUGUUCGAGGAGCACGGCGGCGAGACGGCCGCUUUCAUCGUGGAGCCCAUCCAGGGUGAAGCGGGCAUUUGCGUGCCGGAUGACGACUACCUGCCACGCCUGCGAGCGCUUUGCACGAAAUACAACGUCCUUCUGAUCUGUGACGAAAUCCAGACGGGUAUCGCGCGGACAGGGCGUCUCCUGUGCUACCAAUGGGCCGGUAUCCAGCCCGACCUCUUGAUCCUCGGCAAGGCAGUGGCGGGUGGCAUGUACCCGGUCUCGUGUGUGCUCGGCUCGAAGGAGAUUAUGCUCGUGGUCGAGCCGGGCUCUCAUGGCUCGACGUUCGGCGGCAAUCCUCUCGGGAGCGCGGUGGCGCUCAAGGCGCUCGAGAUUGUCGAAGAGGAGCAGCUCACCGAGCGUGCAGAACGCCUGGGCGAGAUCUUCCGGCAAGGCCUGCGCGAUAUCCAGAGCAAGAACGCAAUCAUCUCUCUUGUGAGGGGCAAGGGAUUGCUGAAUGCGAUGGUCAUUGACGAGAGCAAGACGGCCGGGCACAGCGCGUGGGAUUUGUGUAUGCUCAUGAAAGAGAAGGGCCUACUCGCCAAACCGACUCACCAAAACAUCAUCCGCCUCGCCCCGCCGCUCGUCAUCACCGAGGAGGAGAUCAAGAAUUCGCUACAAAUCAUCGAAGAUGCAUGCCGCGAGCUCCCACACCUCAAGGGCUUGAAGGAGGCCAAGAUUCUGCCUCCGGGCGAGAAGAAUGUCAGCAUAGGUGUGGACAACUAG